GUGAGCGGUUAAGAGGCGCCUCUUGCUGAUUUUCAGGACUCUGGGAGAAUGACGGUUUUGUGCGCAGGUUUUCCCCGGGCCUGGCCGGAGUGUCGGCUUCCAUACCCACCCUCCAAACCCCAACCUGUCAUGAGCCUUCUCUCCCGAGGCGGUAAGGUGUGAGCGGUAUUGAGGAGUUAGUGAGGGUGGCCCGACCCGGUUAAUGAUGGGGGCGGGAGAGGAGGGAUCAGCCUCCACCCCUACACUUUCUGCUCGCGUAGAGGAGGGAUCGGCGCCUUGAAGCCUGAGGAGUCAGCGGCAUCGUGGUGCUCUCGGGCGAGGUAUUUUGUGCUCACACGAGGAAUCUUAGGGAACAAAAGCGGGGAAGGGCGCUCACGGAAGUGAGGAGAUUUUAAUGCCUACGCUCAGUACAUCUAGUGUUUACUGGGAGGUGAAGAUAUGCUUAAGGAAAGGGAAUCUGGUGUUCUUGCCCUACAGUGGUCCUCAUGGGCGUUGGGCUCAUAUUGGAAUAUAAUUACUUGAAAAGUACCAUGAUGCAAAAUGGUUUGCUCUAAUCAGUACUCUUUAAGCAAUUUACCAGCUGAAUAACAACGUGAUACAUGGUGAAGAGUGGAUAACGACUCUUGAUACUGGAGUUUGGAUCAGGGUUAGUUCUGUGACCGCGUCUUUAAUUGCAUUCCCAUCAUGAAAGAUUUGACACAAGUCUUUGUUUGUUAUUUUGUCCUGCCACUGCUCCGUUUGACCCAGAGCCACAGUCUCUUCAUUUGCGAACCCAUAACCAUUCACCGGUGUGAAGGCCUGCCGUACAACAUGACAUUUUUUCCCAAUAAAUUGGACCACUUUGAUCAGAACACUGCUGCAGUUGCAAUGGGGCCUUUUCUUCCACUUAUGAAUCUGCAAUGUUCACCAAAUGUGAAAAUGUUCCUGUGCAGUGCAUUUGUGCCGGCUUGUACAGAAAAACUGCAGAUCGUCCCUCCCUGUAGAAAACUUUGUGAGGAAGUUCUUCGGGACUGUGAAAAACUCAUUCAGACAUUUGGUAUUGCUUGGCCAGAGGAGUUGCUGUGUGAUCAGUUAGAAGAUUGUGUUGAUGGCCAGCAGUCGUCUUCAGUAGCUCCAACUUCAAGAUCGAUAACAGAGAAGACUUCACAAACAAUAGUGAAAGAUUAUGGGUUUUGGUGUCCACAGCCCCUGAAGACCCCUACUGGGCAUGGCAGUUCAUUUCUUGGUGUAGAUGACUGUUUACCACCAUGCCCCAACAUGUACUUCAAAGAAGAUGAACUAAGCUUUGCCAAAUGUUUCAUUGGAGUUGUUUCCAUCUUUUGUCUAUGUGCAACUCUCUUUACAUUCCUGACUUUCCUUAUCGAUGUUCGACGAUUUCGGUACCCUGAGCGGCCAAUCAUUUUCUAUGCGGUAUGCUACAGCAUAGUAUCUCUCAUGUAUUUUGUGGGUUUUGUUGCUGGUAAUAACAUAGUGUGCAACAAGGCAGAUGAGAAACUGGGAGCCAUGGAAACAGUUGUUAUAGGAGCACAGAGCAAAGGAUGUACCAUCCUUUUCAUGUUAUUAUACUUCUUUACCAUGGCAGGCACUGUUUGGUGGGUAAUCCUGACCAUAACGUGGUUUCUUGCAGCAGGACUGAAGUGGAGUUGUGAAGCUAUUGAACAGAAAGCAUUGUGGUACCAUUCUGUUGCCUGGGGAAUACCUGGGAUAUUCACAAUAAUGCUGCUUGCCUUGAACAAAGUGGAAGGUGACAAUAUCAGUGGUGUGUGCUUUGUCGGGCUAUAUGACUUGAAUGCUUUGCGCUAUUUUAUCUUGACACCAUUAUGCCUCUGUGUGGUGGUGGGAUUGUCCCUUCUGUUGGCAGGAAUUAUUUCCUUGAAUCACGUGCGACAGGUUAUCCAACAUGAUGGACGAAACCAAGAGAAACUGAAGAAAUUCAUGAUUCGAAUUGGAGUUUUUAGUGGCCUGUACUUGGUGCCUCUAGUUGGGCUUCUGGGAUGCUAUAUUUAUGAGCAAACCCUUCGGACAACUUGGGAAACAACAUGGGUUCAUGAUUACUGUCAAGAUUAUCCCAUUCCAUGCCCCAAUCAGGUGGAGACCUUGAUCAGGCCUGACCUGUCUCUCUUCAUGAUGAAAUACUUGAUGACUCUAAUUGUUGGUAUACCAGCAGUUUUCUGGGUUGGCAGUAGAAAGACAUGUUCUGAAUGGGCCAAUUUCUUUCACAGUGCCCGCAAGAGAGACCCAAUUACUGAAAGUCGGAGAGUGUUGCAAGAGUCCUGUGAAUUUUUCUUGAAGCACAAUUCUAAAGUUCAGCACAAGAAGAAACACAAGUCAAGUUCCCAUAAACUCAGGGUAAUCUCUAAAUCUAUGGGGACAUCUACCACAGGCAUGGUAAAUCAUGGCACAUCAACUUUGCCUGCAACCAAUUAUGAAUCAUUUGGUGAAGGGACAUUUUCUGAGGCUAAACCUUUUCUUGAAAUCAGUGAACAUGAUGCUUUCCUCCCUGCUAUCCCUUCUGCAUUGAACACAUCCACCGGCGAGCAAGCUUCUCUCCAUUUAUCUGGACACGGGGUGUCUGCUGAUAUUCUAGAGAAAAGGAGUAAAGGAGGAAGCAUAUCUGGCAGAAUAAGCAACCAGUCUGAAGGCUUGCAGUGUGUUCCAGAUGGACGAUUAACAUCAAGAGAUGACUACACUGAGGAGCAGACAAUACAAUCAAGCUGUGUCCUCGUGCCCCACUAUCCACAGUCCAGUAGCAGCAAGAGCUCUGCUUCUCUCCUUGUGCACACGUUGGUAGAUAUCACCAAAUUUGAAGACCCUGAGAAUGGUGACUCAAAUACCUGACCAUGUUGGAUUGUUAUAUUUGGUGGCUUUACAUGUCUGAGCAUUUGGACUGUGGCCCAUGCUUUGUGAAAUUGGCGUCAAUAACAUUUCAUUUUAUGAGUUAGUUUUUUCUUUAGUUUUAGAGAGAAAAUUUAAAUGCACUACAGAUAACAGUCUUAAAUAGUUUGAAGUUGAAAACUAAUCUGAAAGUUCAACUUGGACAGUCACUACAAAUAUCAGAGGAACAUUUUUUCAUACUUCCCCAGGCAAAGUUUUUUUGAUACUGUAAAAUAUCAUGUGGUGAUCCUAGUUUUGUAUUGGUGCUUAUGGGGGUGGGAGGGGGAGAAAUUGAGCUCAGUCAAUAUUAUCUUUAUUUUUAUGCUUUAUAAGGUAGGCAGUGGCAGCCACGAUUCUCUGUGGUAUCUUCUUCUAUUCAGUCAUACACACACUCAUUUAUGUUAUUUUACCUUGCAUAGUGGUCGUGUACUUAUGAAAUCUCUAGUGCAGCUUGAAAUAAUGAUAAAUAAGGUGUAACUACUGCUGCUGUUUUGUAUCUGUUUCUGAUAACUUGUGUGGAAAUUCAAUUAUGCUAGCUAAUUCUACAGGAUUGUGUAUACUCUAUACAGAUUGAAAACAGAGACACCUGGGAGUAUACCUACAUCUUUGAAUGUGUAAUAUGGCCAUUUUUAGAAGUCUGUUAGAUUGAUCCUUAGCUUUAUCAAUAGAGACUGAGGACCAAAGCAAGGAAAACAUCCCAACCAAGUUACUUCGGCCUCAUCCGGAGUAUUGUAGAUACUGUGCUACUACACUUCUUAGGAAGAAUGACAAGAUCUUAGAAUGGAUGCAGCAGGAAUUCACCUGCGUAAUACCAAUUAGAAAGGAUUUCACUCAAAUGUAAAUAUUGGAAUACUGGGAUUAUCCUCCCUCACACAGAUAUUUAAGGGAGGAUUUUAAAGACAUUCAGAAUCUUUUUAUAGGAUAAACCAGAAGCAAUUGCUUCUGAUGCCAUAACAAUUGGUAAUCAGAGUGCACAGACUAAAGCAAUUGACAAAAGGACCAGAGGUGACACAAGGGGAAAAAAAAUCGGGAAAGCCUUGCCUGAAAAGGGUAGUGAAAGUAGAUUCAAUAAUCAUUUUCAGAAAGGAAUUAUGUAAAUACUUUAUGCAGAAACCUUCUGGGGCUAUCGGGUAAGAGCAAGGGAUUGAGGUUAAGUAGGUAGUUAUUUGAAAGUGAGCUUCAGGGUAUUAAAAACCGAAAGAACUGUGGAUGCUGUAAAUCAGGAAAAAAGACAGAAGCUGCUGGAAAAGCUGAGCAAAUCUGGCAAUGUCUAUGAAGAAAAGAAUCAGUUAACGUUUUGUGUAUGGUGACCCUCAAUAGUUAUGAGGAAGGGUCACCAGAUGCAAAAAGUUAACUGACGUUUUCUUCACAGAUGCUGCCGGACUUGCUGAGCUUUUCCAGCAACUUCUGUCUCUUUUCCAGGAAUUAAUAUGGAUUACAACCAUCUCGCAUUCUCUACAUUUUAACUCUGGUGUUUCAGUUCAUUUCCACCUAGUUGCCAAUUCUACAAUGUUUUAAAUCUUAGCACAAGGUAAGAAUUAACAUAUAUGUAUUGAUGUACAGGGAGCAGAGUAUGCUACUCAACCCUUUGAGCCUGGUGCUCUAUUUAUUAAGAUCACAGUAGAUCUGAAUUUAACCUCAACUCUACAUUCCUGCAGAUCCCUGAAUUUUUAAUCCUCUUGUAAAUCAUGUAUCUAUCUGCCUCUACCUUUUUACAAGUGUUUAAGAUUCCCUUCUGAGGAAUGGAAGCUCAAAGAAUCUGAAUCCUCUGAAGGAAAGGAUGUUUCCUCAUCUCUGUCAUCUCUCUCAUUUUUAAACAGUGGCACCUAAUUCUAGAUUCUCCCACAAGAGGAAACACCUGGUCAAGUCCCCUCAGGAUCUUAACUGAUACAAUUCAGUCACCUCUGAUUCUUUUAAACACUAGAGGACACCGCCUUCCCUCAAAAGGCAAUCUGCUCAACGCAUGUAUUCGUCAGUAAUUGAUUCUAAGGCAUUAACAUCCUUCCCCUAAGUAUGUGACCAGUACUGCACACAAUAUGCCAGAUGAAGUCUUACCAAUGCCCUGAAUCUGGGCUUGCUGUUAUUUUUGAAUAUUGUGUUUCUAAUCCUAUCACUUGGUCAAGAUUUUGAUUCCGUUUUUAGAUAUUUUUAAGAGGUGCAGUGGACCAGAUGGAUACAAAGUAGGUAUUCGUUAUCACAUGAAUUUUCAAUAUAUAAAGGUAAAGUCACUACAGUCCGGGCUUGCUUCCUUAUCAGAGAGCUGACAUGUGGUGAUUUAACCUGAAGGUCACCAUACCUCAAGUGAGGGGAAAAUGUUGAAAAGUGAGUCCUUCCUGGUAACUGCAGCCAUUAUGGGAAUUGAAACUAGGUAGUUGGCAUUACUUUGUAUUGCAAACCAGAUAUCCAGUCAACUGAGCUAAUCAACUCCAUUUACCUUUUAAAAUAAUGCUUUUAGCAAUGAGGAAAAUUAUUCAGAGCAAAAAACAAUCAGUUAUAAUUAUUUGGUCUGUAACAAACAUAAGACUAUUUCUUCUCUUUCCCACAUUUUCCCUGGUUUGCUGGCUAAAAGUUCACCAGCCUUACCAAUGAUACAUGCCUGGGAAAUAGUUGUUUUAAACAAAGAAAAUUGUGUUUUCUAUAAUGAAAAAUCAUCUAAAACUGUUUAGGUUCAAAUGUUUGAUCUCCCUAUUAGUAGAACCUAAUGUUCCCAGACUGCCUGUUCUGUAGAUCUAAUUUGCACUUGAGUAGGUGGCGUUUUAUCUAGUAAACAGAUGUUUUGGACAAGCCCAUGUCUUAAUUAACAUUGGCAGGAUAUCUGGACUAGUUUGUGAAGUUUUCAUUCCUGCUCCGCUAAGCUAAUGUGGGUAUUUGACUCCAAUAAGCUAAUUUGUCCUGAAAAAAGACCUACAAACUGUGAUUUGCUCAGUAUACCUAAGCAUCAGUUGCUCUGGUAUGGACAGGGUAGCUCUUUGCAUCUUUCCUCUUUUCAUCAGCCAAACACAAAAAAUAUGAGUUAACAAAGUGUGGGGCUGGAUGAACACAGCAGGCC